AUGUCAAUCGUGUAUAAAACUUGGCGGAGGCUGUCAGAGGCCACAUAUAUACACAAGCAGUGUGAGGCUGUGAGACAUACGAGUACUCAGUCUCAAUAAACAAUAUACACAGUGCUAACAUGGAUAUUCAACAGGAUUAUGAUACAAUGUCUCUCAAAAGUGAGGAGAAAUAUUCACAAAGAAAGAGUAAGAAGCCAUUGAUGGAGAAAAGGCGCAGAGCAAGAAUCAACAGUUGUUUACUUCAACUUAAGUCUCUGGUGCUGCAGGCAAUGAAAAAAGAUACGUCUCAUUACUCAAAGCUGGAGAAAGCAGACAUUUUGGAAAUGACAGUUAAGCAUCUCCGGGCUCUUCAACGAAGACAGAUUACCUCCGCUGUGGCAGCCGAUCCCACUGUAGCCGCCAAAUACAACAUCGGUUUCUCCGAGUGCGCUAGUGAGGUGAUGCGCUACUUGGGAUCGGCACAGGGUAUUAACGAGGAUGUCCGAAAUCGUGUGGUCAACCACCUCGGUGGCUGUGUACAGACCGUCAACGCUUCAUCAAUGGCUCAUCACAACCUCCAACCAAUUCACGUGCAAAUUCCCGCCUCGCAAAAUGCAGUGAACAACGCACGUGCCAUGUACUCUUCGGAACGUCUGCUUGUGCAGUCGGCAUCCCAGCAGCAGAAUGGAUGUUCGUUUCCUCUUCAAACUUCUAUCCCUGUGCAGACACCGCCAAACGGUGGACAAUUCGAACUUGUUCCUGGAAGUGCUUUCAGUGGACCAGUGGCAUUUUGUAUGGCGCCUUCGGAAGACAUGUCGACGAUGUCGAAUAUUUACACGACGAACUCACUCAAAUCAGAACCACGUGCAGUUAGCACUAGUCCCGAAUCUCACAAAUCAGACUAUCACAGGCUACAAGAACAGGAAAUGUACAGGUCUCCUGAAAAACACGCGCAUACUAACUCGCACGCUGUAUCGACCUUAUCAUCCAGUCCCGUCUACUCUCCCGCCACAAGUGCUCUCAAGGAAGAACAACUAUGGCGACCAUGGUGACCACUGGUCAGUGUAAAGACAAACAAAUUAUUACCAAUGUAUGACAAUAGACAAUUAUGAACAGUGGACCAAAACCAAAUUGUGAUGUUAUUUACAAACAUACGUCAAGUGCCUUCCAGAUGUUCCGGUCUCGCGUGUUAACUGUCCAGGAUCACUUUUGCUAGUAACUUGGACAUUGAAUAAACUCAGGACAUUUUAUUAAUAAGUGCUGAUAUGUCUUUCAAUAUUAUGCAAUUAACGAUGGAGCCAGCGGCUUUGAUUUUCCAAUACAAAUGGAUAGUUUCUUAUGAAGUAUUAUUACACGAUUGACUGACUUCCAAUUAUUUGUGCAUCCAAUGCACACGAAGUUGAUGGUGCUACGGACGAGAGUGCGAAAGUAUUUACGGGUAGAGACAUUGUCUCAAAAACCUUUUGCAUUCAUUGAUUUAUAAAUGCAUUAAAUACGAAUGAAAUGAAA